AUGGCGUUACGCCCGCUCUGGCUUAGACCUCGGCGCCGUGGCGAGCUGAGAGUCGAUCGCCGAGAAAGCACUUUUGCUUCAAGCCUCGCAACCAGUUGCCGCGAUCGUGACAACCCGUCUACUUCUUUGAGUCUCCAAACUGCCACUACCGGUAAGGAGAGGUCAUUGUAUACAAACAAAUAUGCCACUCAAGGCUUGGUUCAGAGGUUGAAAGAGUCUGGCAAUGCUACAUCAAUUUGA